ACCCUCCACCUCCUAAGCUCAACUCUUCAUAAAUAGACCAAAAUCCCAAAUUCUCCGAUUUUUCCGGCAGAUUCUUUUUUUUUCUUUUUAUUUACCGUUAAAAACCUGAACCCUAACUAUUUAAAGUGUCUUGAUUUUCAGUGUUUUCUGCAUGUUCGCUUGGGGCUAGACAUCCUGUCGGUUAGUUUCUAAGUAGAUAAGUUCAUAUUAUAGAGUCUGUGCAGUUUAUUUUGUUUGAAAGGUACGGAUUAGGAGUUGUAAGGUAUGGAAGUUCCAAGUGCGAAACAUGAAACAAGGCAUCGUAGGUUGACCCCGCUUAGGGUGUUAAGGGGUGUGAUAUGUUUGCUAGUGUUGCUUUUAACAGCUUUUAUGAUGAUAGUGUAUUGUGGCUUUUUUAGUACUGUUGUAUUGAGGCUUUUCAGCGUACAUUACAGCCGAAAAGUUACAGCUUUCUUCUUUAGUUCUUGGUUAGCAUUAUGGCCUUUUCUAUUUGAGAAAAUAAACAAAACCAAGGUCAUUUUUUCUGGAGAUGAUGUUCCUGCAAGGGAACGAGUUUUACUUAUUUGCAACCACAGAACUGAGGUUGACUGGAUGUACCUGUGGGAUCUUGCAUUGCGGAAAGAUUCCCUGGGAUACGUAAAGUACAUCCUUAAGAGCAGCUUAAUGAAAUUACCUGUAUUUGGUUGGUCAUUCCAAAUUUUGGAGUUCAUCCCUGUGGAAAGGAAGUGGGAGGUUGAUGAGGCAAAAAUGCGCCAGAUGCUUUCAAAAUUCAAAGAUCCUCGAGAUCCCCUUUGGCUUGUUCUCUUUCCAGAAGGAACAGAUUUCACUGAGCAGAAGUGCUUAAGAAAUAAAAAAUAUGCAGCUGAAAAUGGCUUGCCUAUCCUAAAGAAUUUGCUGCUUCCAAAAUCAAAGGGUUUUAAUGCCUGCUUGGAAGAUUUGAGGAGCACUUUGGAUGCAGUUUACGAUGUGACCAUUGGAUAUAAGCAUCGCUGUCCAUCAUUCUUGGAUAACGUCUUUGGGGUUGACCCUUCUGAAGUUCAUAUUCACAUCAGGCGUGUUACCCUGGAUGACAUCCCGUUGUCCGAAAGGGAAGUAACUUCUUGGUUAAUGGAUACAUUCCAACGUAAGGAUCAAUUGCUUUCUAAUUUCAAUUCCGAAGGUUAUUUCCCUCUGUAUGGAGCAGAAUUGAACCUCUCUACAGUCAAGUGCCUCAUAAACGUCAUGCUGGUGCUUGUCUUGACUGGUGCAUUCACAUUUUUAACCUUUUUCUCUUCCAUUUGGUUUAAGAUUUUUGUAUCGUUAUCUUGUUCCUAUCUGGUUUCGGCUACUUAUUUAAACAUCCGUCCAGAACCUAUCUUCAACUUUGUCAAAACUAGUCUUUAAACCUAAUUUCUUCCAAGUUAUUAUUAUGCAACUUCGAUAGGUAUUCAUUCACAAGCAGCAUCAAGAAGUGCUUGCCGGAAAAACUUCAUUUGACAUGACUUCCAGCAUCAUCCAAAUGGGAAGGUUCAUGUCGGGAGCUUAAAUAGCUUGUGGCCUAACGGAGAAUCUUCGGGGCGUCAAAAUUGCCUGUAUGUGCUAUUUUCAGAUAUCAACUUUGUUGUAAAAGUAGAAUUUUAGGUUCCAAUUCUCAGAAACUGUAUGAAAUCUCUAAAUAAGGUUUGCCAUUUCGCACAUUUUAUAGAAGCAUCAAUCAACGCCCAUUUGUUUCUAUUUAUCUUCAGAGAAUUUUCUCUGGUUUAAUGAUAUCCAAAGUGAAUCUCGUUUUGUGUAAA